GUUUAGAUAUAUAUAAUAUAUAUGUAUAUAUAUAUAUAUAUACACAGUAAUUUAAAUUAACUGCAUGGAUUAUAGAAUAUGCUUAUCGAAUAUAAAAAAAUUAUAUUAUAAAAAUAUUAGAUCAAUUAAUAUGAAUGAUCAAUAAAUAGUAAUAUCAAUUAUUGUACGCAUCAUUUUUAAACAAAAAUUUAAAAAGCGUAUCAGAUUUGUAUAUGAAAGUGUUUUUCUUUUUUUCUUUCUUUUCUUUUUUUUUCUUUUUUUUUUUUUCUUUUCUUUUUUUUUUGCAACUCGAUUUUCUUUAACGGGUAACGACAAGUUUACUAUUAACUAGUGUCUACUUUCCAUUGUCAUUUUACUUUCUAUGCUACUUCUUAAUGCUACUGCUGUCUAUAUUCUAUUUUUUACAUUCAAAUAUCUAAUACACUCCGUGAAAGAAAGUCAUAGAGUGACGAAGGAAAAAAAAAAGAAAAAAUCAUUUGAGCCAGUUCUUUCUAUUAUUUCUAACAUAUUGAUUUAGAAAUUGUUUACGAUAAAUGUUAUUUUAUAAUUCAUCGUUCGUUUAGGAUUAAAAUAGUGAUAACAUCGAAGUCACAUAUCGAUUUCCUUUUUUUGUAGUAUCAAAACGUAGUAAAACGCGCCCUAUUCAAAUUGACUUGAUCAAUUUUCAGACAGCAUGCAUUCUUAAAUGGAUACGUGCCUGCAUGUACAUAUACUAGAAAGUAUUUGAAGGAAAAUUAACAAAUAUAUACACGUAUAUUGCGUGGACGAAGUGUAAGCUAUCAGAAAAUACAAAUUUUAUUAUUGAGGAAAACAAAAAGAAAAAAAGAAAAAAAAAAAACAAUUUUUGCAAAAUAUAUAAUAUAACAAAAAAUAUAGUGUAAGAGAAAGGAUAAAUAUGCAGUAACAAGUAUUCCACUGACCUAUUACUAAGAACUUGUAAAAGUGAAGAAUUAAAGCAAGCUAACUCUUACUCUCUAUGCUCUGUAUGGUCAAGACCCAUCCAAUGUCCCAUCAAUAUGUGUUCUUCAAGAUCACUUUUAGCUUUCUAUCAAGGAGGGACAUCUUUCAAGAGGUAUAAAACAGUAAGCAGCAGAUUUGUACAUCAGUGUGUGCAGUUCCUUCUUAGUUAGUAAAGAACUACACUUAUAAACUUUUUCUUUCAUAAUUAAUUCUUAUCAAGAUGGCAAGAACAAAAUUUUAUAGAAUAUUUACAUGUUCCAUCCUUAUGGUUCAUACAGCAGCAUCCACUGGCAAUUACUAUUUUAAACCGGAUGACAGAUUUGAACCCAACAAACAUAUUUUCAAUGGAAGAUAUAUACCUGGGGAUAAUAUAAAUCAAAAAAAUAUUAAUAAUUAUGAUACAGAAAAUCAAGAAAGGGAUUAUGAUGCAUUUAAUGGCAGAAUAAAUAAAGCAAAUCUUGAAGUCAGUAAUUUACCUUUACUUGCUCAUUCGAAUGAUAAUAGAUUGUCAGGACAUAUGGACACAAGUUAUGAAAAUCAUAAUAACAAUUUAAACUUUAUAAAAGAGGAUUUGCCUUAUCAUUUUCAAAAAUACUCUACCAAUAGUAGUAAUAAAGAGUUUGAUUUUGGAAAAUAUAGAAAUCCCGAUUCAUCUCAAUAUUCAAGUGAUCAUCAUCACAAAGGAUCUUCUUAUACUGAUUUCAUAUCUGGAAGCUAUUCUAAUGGAGUCCCGUCGUCAUUUGCUCCUAUAAGAUAUGAACAAGAUUCUGAUACGUCUAUGGCAGAUGAUACUUACAUCAAUAAUGAUCAACAAUUUUAUGGAAAGCAAAAAGGUAAUAUCUUUAAUACCAAAGGAAAAUAUAAUUAUGAAGAUGAUGCAUUAAAUAUAUUUUCACCUGACAUAUUUUAUAUGCAAGAAGAUCAUAAGACCAAAGAUCAAAUUCAAGGUUUAAAUCAAAAUCAAAGUCCAUCUUUAGGUGACUUAUCAAGCUCUGUAUCAAAUAAUUAUAAUUCUAACAUACAUGGUAAAAACAUUAAUUUUCAUAAGUUGGAAAGACCAAUUAAUUAUAGAAGAAUCAAAUAUCCUUCUGGAAUAUCUACUUAUCCUUCCAAGAGUAAUUUAAAUUAUGUAAUAAAGGGACGUAAAAAUAAUUAUUUUCCUAAUAGUCAUGCAAAAGAUAAUGGGAAAGCAAUAAUAAUUAAAAUUGGUGGCUCCAGUCUUUAUCCUAGAUAUGUUUAUUCUACAAGAUUUUAUCCUAAUACUAAAGGUGAUGUAAAUAGAGGUUAUAAAAAGAAACGUAAUAAUUUUUUAAAUAGGCCACGUAAUAACGCAGUACCUGUUCAUUCGCCAAAUUUCAGUUAUAAUAAUGAUAACAUUAACAAUAAUUAUGAUGAUUCUGAAUCUUCUGAACUAUAUAAUAGAAAUACCGAAUAUACAGAUAAUAUGGAACAAGAUAUGCAUACCAAAAUACAGUUUUACAAGAAGAACACAUAACCCUUUUAGCUCGUUGUUCUUUUGAACGCAUUACUAUUUGGCAAUUUGGACCAGGACAAAAUCUUAACUGUGGAUGAGAUUUUAC